AUGGAGGACCUCUCCGCAGACGAUGAUAUCCUCUCCGAUAUCUUGCUCGACAACCUCGAAUUCGAGCCUGCCAUCUCCACACACAAGAUGAAUCCACACUACAGAGGUCAUCGCUUCGAUCGCAAUGCCGUCAGUCUCAUCGUCAGGAAGCGUGUCGUUGUCGAGCGCGACAUCACAGCCGCCAUCGAGGAUCUCACCAAACUCGGCAUCAUCCACAAAUAUCUCAGUAAUAAAACCCAGCGUCAGAUCUCCAGCUUCCACGCUCACGCACGACGUUAUCUUGAAAGCUACCUCCCAGAGAGUGGCGUCGAAUUCGCUCUCACCACACGCUAUAAACGUGUCAUGAUGGAAAAGGCCGGCACACCGCCUGGCGCAGACGCAGAGGCUUCCACUUCCGCAGUCAAGCUUGAAGACACGCCCUCUUCUCCCGCUAAGGACGCCCUCGAAGACAGAGGCAAGGCUCGCACAAAAGCCAGGUCGUCGCUCGAUCGUGCCGCCACUAGCAUCGGCGCUGCACCAGCCGCUUCCGAAAAGGCAGAUCUUUGCGUCCUCGCCAUGCGUACCUUCAAACCCGGCGAGCUCAUCCACUUUUGCAAGGGUGGCUUAAAAGACCUCACAAAGAGCGAAGAUGACGCGCUACGCGAGGAAGCCACCGCCUCGCGCGAGAAACGCAAAGACUCCGAGUACAAAGGCGUACUUGGCCCAGGACGCGACUUCUCUGUCAUCAGAUCCGCCAGAAAGGGCUGCAGCCAGCUGCUGCUCGGCCCAGCCAGAUUCGUCAAUCACGAUUGCAAUCCAAACACCGAAUUCUACCGCAUGGGCGCAACCAUGGUCUUCAAAGUCAUCCGGCCCAUCCACCGUAACGAGGAAAUCACCACUUUUUACGGCGAAAACUACUUUGAAUGGGGCAACGCAGAAUGCAUGUGCGCAACUUGCGAGUCCCGCGGCACAGGCGCCUUUUCGGAUCCAUCAGUGCCUCCACCCAUCGAGCCCAGCGAGCUUUCCGACCGUGUCGAGGUCAAGAUAGAGGAAGCUGCAUCCACAGGCACACCAGCCGAGUCCAACGGUCGGCGCCAAUCACGCCGUUCAAGUCGGCAAGCCGGUGCAUCAUCAGCUCUUCCAUCGCCGUCUCCAACACCAUCCUUGACACCCUCCCUCAACACAGCUCUCGGCGACGAUGCUGCCAAGGACAAAAAGUCCAGACGCGAUUACCUCGCAGAUCUCAAAUUAGCAGAGCAUGGUCCUUCGGACGACCGUUCGGAUCCAUGGGCAGAAGGAGCCGGUCCCAAGUGCCGGUGUCUCACGUGCGGUGCCACAUUCUGGGCCCCAGAGAAGUGGUGGACUCCAGACGAGUGCUCACGCUGCGAGCGUCACUACAAGAUCUUCAAAGCCGACUGGCCAGGUCGCGUUCCCACCGAGGGCUCCCUGCAGAGGAAAGCUGGUGUCAAGCGAAAGACUAGCUCGGAGAUGAUCUCCGACCAUCUCGCCAGCACCAUUACGCCUGCGCGAAACGGCAAAGAGCGCUCCUUGACCCCAACAGAGCUCAAGACUAACGCCACACCGAAAGUCCAGAAGAGAUCGCGGUCCAGUAAAUCUGUCGCUGAUACUACCACCUCUGGCGCAAGCGCCAAGACGCCGCCCGCAAAAUCUACAAUUGCCACUGCAACCGCCAAGGUUGUCAAAGUCACAGCCACAACCACAUCAGCGCCUGCAAGUUCUGGAAAGCCUCCUGUUCGUCCUGCCAAAGCUAACGAAGCAAAGAGCAGAAAACAAGAGCGGCAAGACGAAGCGGCGAUCGCUCAGACCCUCGCUACUCCACCCGCUAAAGCGGCACCCAAGUCGGAAAGCACCUACAACCUUGAUUCUGACGGUUCGGAUCUCACACCGGAGCCCGAAUCCGAACAGGGUGAUACUCAAAAGCCAGAAGAGGAGGAAGAAGACGAAGACCACGGACCUCGACCCGUCUCUGCUGCCGGUCGAUCGCAGCCUGUGAACACGGAUCGUUCGUCGUCGUCCAGUUCCAGUCCCGGACCACCCGGUCCCAAGAUGCUCGGCAAAAACGCAAAGACCGACGUCUUGGCUCAGUACUGGGGAGCCGCCGAGGGUGACCGCCGUGCACGCAGAAAAGCGCCUGUCAAUCCCGGUCCGACCUUGCUGGCCGCCCGGCGCUCUUCUCAAGAUGUUACCCACAAGCCCACAGAGCGUCGCUCAAGCUUCCGUGAGGCGAGCACCGAUGAGCAAGGCGUUCCGAAGCUCAAGCGACGGCUCGUCGCGGAAUCUGCGUCUGACGCCGAAGACGCAUCACCGCAUCCCCCAACUGCUCCUCGCUCAAAUCCCGCGGCAGCAGCUUACAAGCACCGCAAAACGUCGAGCAUGAACGACGCUUCGUUUGUGCAGAUACGAGCCAAAUCAGAGAUGCGACCAUCGCCAGAUCGACUUACGCCCUCCUUCACUACCAGCGCGGUCUCACCAGCCCAACCCGCCAAACUAGCUGCAUCAGCGUCAGCGCUGCCACCAAAAGCCUCGGCGGGCAACCUGCCCGGUUUGGCCACCUCGGGGGUUGAGCGUACGUCCGAGUCCAAUCUAGCUCUUUUCUGGUCAGCAGGGGUAGGAGGUACGAGGAACCGACGUCAGGCGCAGAGAGAGCCCCAAACGGUGCUUGUCCCGACGGUUCCGUCAAAGCGAUCGAGAAAUGCGUCCGAGUCGAGUCGAAGCCGCACGCCCGAAGUGAAGAAGCCACGUGGCGCAAUCAGACCUAACACCGGCAAUGGAGAUGACGAAGGCAGCGGUAGGGACCAAAGCGUGCGAUCUCGCUCUUUGGCCGCGUCGGACGAUGGAUCAUUGGAGACGAGCCGGGAGAACAGCGAUGUUGACGACGACCAUCCACAAAGUGGCGAUGCGCCUGUCAGGCCCUACAUGUUUUCAGCAAUCAGCAAAGCGUCGCAGUCGAAUGGAGCUGUCGAUGUUGGAGGCGUGUUGGAGUUGAAAGGACCGCUCUUGCCAUCUGCACCGCUCUUUCGACCACCUGGUUUGAUCCGGCCCGACCUCGCGGCAGCAGCGGCGCGUUCCAACUCACCACUCGCUGGACCUCCACGUGGUACGCCUGGGCAGCCGAUGCGCAAGAACCUUCGCUGGGGCAGCGGCAAGUCUUCAAUGAGCCGUGCGCUGGGCCCGAAUGGAAGCCCUCUGGGACGUCCCCCUGCCAGUGUUAACGGAAGUCCUGUAAGCGUGUCAGCGCAGCGAUCUGCCGAGGAUGUCAAACCUCAGCUGCAUCGUACGACCGGCUCGCCUCAGAUGAGACCGGGACCACUCGCACUUGCUAACCAGCUGCAGCCAUCCCCAAACCGCUCAGACGCAUCAGCGCUCGAGCGCAGCGUUGACCAAGCUGGUGCAGGCCGCGAGCCGAGUCAGGUGCAGGCGGCUGCUGCGCUUGCGCAAACGGUAUUGGCUCAGCCGCUUGAGCCGGUGAAAGCGGAGGCGGUGACGGCGAGUUUGUCGAGCGUUGCAACGCCAGACACGGAGGCGACGUCGAGGAUUGCGGUUCAAGCACCCACUCUGGUGAAUGACUUGGCGACCGACGCGACAGUUAGCGACAAGGCGGCGUCAACGACAACUGUUGAUGCGCACGCCGUACUUGCUGCGCCUGCGGCAGCAGUCGAUCAAAAGUCAACGGUCAAUGUGGCGGCUCACGACGUAUGCUCGAACCUGGACGCGCCCGAGUCUCAACACCGGCGCACAUCAGCGCGUGCACGCAAACCUCCCGAAAUGGCUGCUGGUCAGAUCCAAUACAAGGGCAGUCUGGUUAAACUCGCGGCUCAGAGGGCGAAAGGCGCACAGUCUCGGCUCUCGCCUCGCACGCUCUCGCCGGACGUCGCGCUUUCGUCUGCGAACUCUCACACUUCAACUCGACCGCCUCCAGACGCUGCUCCGGACACGCUCCACACGCUACAUACGGAUAAGCUCGACAACUCCAUUAGCAGCUCGGUGCACAUCGCGCCAGAUAAGCACGCUCUCGUCGCGACCUCUGCUACAGCGACGCCGAUGGACGUUGACAAAUUUUAA